CUUCUGAUUGGUUGACGAUAUGUGACGUAUUUUAAAACACGGAAAUAACAUUUGGAGUAUUUAAGCUUUUGUUUUCGGUUUUGCGGAGUCUGUGGCUGUGUAACCGCACCUUUCAGUUUUAACAGACACAAACAUGAGUGACCUUCCCGUUAACCUGGUUCUGAUUGGUGUCGGCUCCAGCUUCGCCUUGUCCGGCCUCUUCUAUCAUUUGUAUCAAGAAAAGCAGAAAGAGUUGCAGAAGCUGAAGGAAAUACCACUCUUUAGACCGGAUCAGAAUUUGCUCAGAGUCCUGCAAGCUACUCCAUACAGGCGGCUGCAGUAUGUGGCUGUCGAAGGAAUGGUGCAGGCAGACGGGGAGCCUUUGGCCAGCCAGUUUGUCCCCAGACGGUCUGCUGUAAUUCAGAAGAUAGCAGUAGAGGAGGACUGGAAGUACUGGAACUCCAUCACCGGGACAUGGAAUUCCCGGACAAUCAACAGAAAAGAGACGAACAACGCCGUGCCCUUCAGCCUGGUCAGCCCUUCGGCCUACAUCCCCGACGUUUACGUGAAGGUGCACGGCCCUCUGGAGGCCGGCGGCUCCUUCUUGGAGCGGGUUCACUUCAAAGUGCGGCGUGCCGAGGAAGGCCUGGUCGACGUGGUGGUGCAAGGCCUGAAUGGCGAGAAGCCCGUGGCGAAGCGGGAGAGCGAGGAGCUGCUCUGUGUGGGGAGCACCGUGACGGGAUUCGGAGAGGUGGUGCUGGAGGGAGGCCAGGUGGCGAGGCUGCAGGCCCCGCAGGACGGCCGCCAGUUCGUCCUGGUUCCCACGUGCCACAGGAGCUUCAUCCAGAGACACGAGGACUCGGCCAGCAUGUGGAAAAAACUGACCGCUCUCGCGUCGAUCACAGGGACGUGUCUGUUAGCCGGUUUCGUGCACAACCUGUCUAAACGGAAAGACAGAUAACAAAAGGGAGAUCCGGCAGUUUGUAUCUCAGCUGAAGAGCCAAAACCUUAAAGGGAGAAAUAAUUUGUCAUCAUCGAAAUAAGAGCUGAACUAUCACAUUUUCUUCCUUAUUCGGGGAAUUGUGGUACUUCGCUUUGCUUUUUCCGUUAAGGAAAACAGCACUUCAUAUGUUACUGUUUGAUCUGAUUUUUGCCCUUAGUUUAAUCUGUUUAUUGGAAGUUCCAGAGACCAAGGAAAAAAUGUUUCAAUGACUCCCAUUCCAAUUUGAACACUACUGAAAGAAUAAGCUCUUACCUGCAGAUUUAUCAGCCAUGGUUAUUAAUGAGUGUUAACAAGUUUGAGAGUCUAAUAUGCUGGUUUUUGAAGGGACCAUGUUGGGUUUCUUUUACAGUGAAAGUUAUUUCUCGAUAAGCUUUGUUCGUGGUUUCUGGGAUCUUGAUGUUGUGGAACAUUUAAUCAGCUUCAAUCUCUUUCUGGUCUUUUAGUAUGAAUUGGAUCUGUAAAAUAAAUUCACUGGUAAUAAUCUGACAUUUUCAAUCAUUACAAUAAACUAAGAUGAACUGAAAAAACAAAUUAACCGAGUAACAAUGGAUUUGAGUCACAAACUGUUAAAAACAAAAUAAAAAAAACGAAUACAUUUUAACAAAUAUCACAGUGAAGGAAAGCUGUUUUUCCUUCAAACUGCCAAAAAUA